AUGCUCUCAUCCCGCAUGGCCGUAAAGCCUUGUGGCCUUGUAGCCCUACGCAGGAGGAUGGAGCGACCAGUAUUUCCUAUUGCGUGCGAUGAAAGGCCAGGAGGCUGCUUCAAAUGCGCCGAGAAAAACUUCGUUUGUCCCGGAUACGACACUUCAGUCGACCGCUUCUUCCGAGACGAAACCGCGGCCGUGGAGGUUAAAGCGAAGAAAGCAAAAACAAAAGCCAUCAUCGCGCGAGACGAACGCGACAGGGUGCAGCUAGAGAAGGCUGCUCUGGGAAAACUGAAAAAUGCCAUCGAAGUGCCUCUGCUCGCGCCCAUCAUUGACCAUGCUAUAACAUUCUUCAUGCAGCGGUACGCCAUGGGGCUAGAAGAGCCACCGAUGAACUCCAAGGACUUCAAUCAACAUCUAAGUACCCAUGGCUUCCACCCAAUCAUUGCGACUUCCAUGACGGCACUGGGUCUGGCAGGGGUGGCUAGUAUGUAUCGGGAUUCUACUUUAAAACGGGAAUGUACGAAAUGGUAUGCGAAAGCGCUCAAGAUGACCAAUGAUGCCUUGCGAGAUCCUAUUGAGGUCAAGUCAGACAACACGCUCCUCGCUACAAUGAUCUUGGGUGUUUAUGAGUCCACCACUAACGAUAAGUCUCUGGUGGCAUGGGCACACCAUGUCACAGGUGCGUCGUCCUUGCUGCAGAUGCGCGGAAAGGGUCAAUUUUCAACGCCUGCCGGUCGGCGGAUGUGGCUGCAGAACAUCGGUCUUCUUACUCUCCAGCGUCUAGGUAUCGGGGAGGAACUGCCAGAAUUUGUGCAUGAGCUAGGCAAAGAGAUGCAAAAUUGGGAGAACAAGGACGACCCUGGAAUCAGAUUUUAUCACCUCCAUAUCAAAGUCAUAGACUUGCGGGCGCAAAUCCUGAAUCGACGCCUCACCGACCUUCAUGCGAUAGUCAAUAUUGCGCUCGAGCUCGAUGGAUACGCGACGACCGUGUUUGAAGGCGUUGACGAAAAAUGGUGGUCCUACGAGGUCAGAAGUUGCGAUCCAGGUACACCGGGUGUCUUCGGGACGGAAUAUCAUCUUUACCCUAGCCUGUCUGCGCAUCAGACAUGGGACUGGAUUCGGUACAAUCGUAUAUACCUGUACGACAUCAUCCGCAAUGCACUUAUUGCGGGAUUCGCCACUUCUCCGCCCGUCUUUUCCGGCCCCCACUAUCUACAAUUGCUCGAAACAUCGACACAGGUCAUCUACCGGAUGCAAGCCGAUAUCAUAGCCACGAUACCUCAGUAUUUUCAAACGUUACCAACUGAACACACAACACCAUCAUCGCCGUCCGAAUGUCUCCCUUCACGAUCCGUUUCUCCGUCCUCCUUCGCUUUGGGUACGGAUCUCAUGAAACCAGUAUAUCCAUCACCAAGUAACAACACCCAAACCACCCCAUCACCUCCUCCUUCGAUCCCAGCUAGAUCUGCAACAUCUUCCCCGUUCCCAAGCAACCCUCCCAAGUUCAUGGGCUCAAACUUCCCCGCAAGCUCUACCCCGCUCUUCACUGGGAAUGCCAGGGAUACCUCGCCAACGCACCGUCUCCCCAUCGUGCGUGUCUCCGGUGGCUUCUCGUCUAUUUGGGCACUGUAUAUCGCUGGCGCCACACCCAUUGCGUCGCCCGAAUCCCAAGAAUACGCCAUCAACAGCCUACUAAAAGCAAAUAGCGACUUCGGGAUCAACCAAGCCGGUGUCUUGGCGGCGGCUUUGAAGAUUAAGAUCGAGCUUGACCGGAGGGAGAGAGAAUGCGGAGGAGUACCGAAUGCGGACGGCAGCAGCAGUUGGAAUCAGUGGGAUGGGAAGUGGACUCGCAUUGUGCCCAUGUACAUGCCCAUGACGGGGCCGCACGUAGACGAAUGAGUGGAAUCGCUCUCCAUUCUAUUGUUUGAGAUUUUUGUAUUUAUGACUUUCUGGACGCGUCGAACGCGAUGCCUUCCCCCCUACACAUCCCCACCUCCACCUUUCCCCUUCCUUCCACUCUUCCCCCUCCUCAGCGCAUAAUACCCGUCCGGCUCCUUCAUCUCGGCUUUAUCGCGUUUCGCAAGCGAAGGUUGCAAUUUCUUACGGCCCUUUUUACUGAGGCUGCUGCGUUGGGAUGUCGUCGGCGGUGAUGCGCUCGUAGUAGUUGUAGGCGCAGGCGUUGAUUCGAACGCGGAUAGUGGUGUUGUUGUUAUUGCGAUUGGAGGGGGUUGUUGGGAUUUAGAGGAGUGCGAACCCAUUUUCUUUUUUGGUUGUGUUGUUUUCGCUGGUUGGGAUUGUGGUAGAGUUGUUGUUUUGUUGGUUGGUUGCGGUAUAGUGGGGACUGUUGGGGUUGUUGGAGGGUGACGGCUGAUGGCUGAUGGCUGGUUGCGCGGUUGUUUUUCGAUGGCGAUGGGAUUGUCUGACGGUUGUUGUGUCGUGUGAAAUCGCAAUGUAGCACAAAAAGUUUGCUUCAUUCGGUCCGUACAGGGCGAGCUCAUACAAGUAUGUGUUCUGUACCCGCAAACCCAAGGAGAGAAAAACAAGCUUCAGAUACACAUCAGCAUUCCCAGCUUACAACUCAUAACUUGCUUUCCUACCCACCGCAAUUGUAUCUAAAUAUAUCACAGCUGCAAGUACUUUUCAAUAAAUCCAGGGAUGCAGAUUUCCCUGAUUAUUUUGCGUAGCACGCGCAUAUCAAUUGCCAGAAACGAGAUGGAGAAGGGCCAUUUAUGACGUCAUUUGUAGCUACUUCACGCUUUCACCCCUGCAUUUCGAUGGUUUUGCCCUGCAUUUGCAAGCGGAAAGGGGAAAGGGUCUAGGUGGCGUCGGGGAAGAUUCAUUUGGGAUUUUAGUGUGUGGUAGGUAGAUUUUAUCUUUGAUUGUUUUUCGAUAUGUGUAGAAUGGUUUGAGUGAUUCUUUUGUUAGCUUGGGUUGAAAGGAUUGAGGGUCGCGGCGGUAUGCCGCUGUGCUUUGGUUGAGUUGAUGGAUCUUCUUCACUAGUCGUUCCAACUUGACGAUAAUGUAGUGGCACAGCGUUAGAAAUAGUAAUGCAUGUACAUAUGUAGGUAUGUACUUUACGAGUUGGUGAAAGUGCUAAUCACGUGACUAUCAUCGCUCAGGGCAUCGAACAUCUGUUUUCUGUGUUCAAAGUGGCCGCCUAUCUCACAAAAGUCAUCUUACAAACCUUGUAUCUAUAUAAGUUGCACCUGAUUAUCAUGAACUGACUGAACGGUCGAAGAGAAAAAAAAAACCCCCCCUUCUCCAUCCCCAAAUUUAUCGAAGCCACACAUCAACCCUCUCAAUAUUAUUGCCCAGCGUCCCCAAAGAACCUACGCGCAAUCAACUCUUGCCUGUUCCUGCUCAGCCUCUUCAAGAACCCUCCGAACAUCCCCAAACCCCUCCUUCUCAGCCCAAAACCUCGGCGUCUUACCUUUACUAUCCACCUUCAGCGCAUCAUCCCCCAUCUCCAACAAAUACUCUACAACAUCCAAUUUCCCAAACUCGGCAGCACGAUGAAGCGGCGUCCCAAGACCGAACGGCUCACGUUCAUAAUAUGUUCUUGGUUCGUUUUCGUACUUGACCUCGUUGAUCGGUGCACCUUUCUCCACAACCUUGCGGACGACUUCCAGCGUAUCCGGUGCAUCUCUUAGAACUGCAUAAUGCAGAAGUUGCCCAUAUCGUACAUCGGCGCCUCGCUCGAAGAGGAGGUCGAUGGUUGGGAGGGGUGCGGCGAGCAUGGCGUAUGAGCUCCCCAGAAACAAUUCCAGUACCUUGAACGCACGACCACGCACCGCAACCUCAACUGGAAGAUUACCGUUCGCCCCGCCUUCAUCAAGUAAAAACCGCACUAUUUCAAUAUUCUCUUGUCGAAUCGCUUCGGCUAGGGACCGGUAGAGCCACGUUGGAUGCGGGUGCUCAGCAGUCGACGACCCCGCCGUCGUCUCAGGGCUAUGGAGAAGCCGUCGCGCCUGUUCCUUGACAGUCCCGAGGUCGCCGUCGCAGGCGGCGCGAUAGCAAGCGUCAACUUGUUCCGGGCGGGACUUUGCAUAGUAAGGCUGCGGAGGUCCGAGAGUUGGGGGCCGCUGGAUCGAUUGCAUCGCGGU